GUCCCUCUGUACAGUCGUGUGCAAGUGGACGUACACUGCAGAUGGAGGCUGGGAUGACAGUUUCUGGAAAAUGAUUGGUUUGGAAGAUUUGGUGCAGGACAAAUAUGAAAAAAUAGGGAACCAGUUCUUGUCUCCUGGAGAGUCUGUUGGAAAAGGUCUAACGCCAGAAGCUGCAAAAGAUCUCGGUCUCCCCGAAGGGAUUGCAGUGGCAGCAUCUCUCAUUGAUGCACAUGCUGGAGGACUAGGAGUAAUUGGAGCAGAUGUGAAAGGACAUAACCUGCCCUGUGAGAACCAGCCAAUUACAUCCCGAGUUGCUAUGAUCUGUGGAACAUCUUCAUGCCACAUGGGGGUCAGUGAAACACCCAUUUUUGUGCCUGGUGUUUGGGGACCCUAUUUUUCUGCAAUGGUACCUGGACUGUGGUUGAAUGAGGGGGGUCAAAGUGCUACUGGAAAACUGAUAGAUCACGUGGUCCGAGGCCAUGUCGCCUUCCCGGAAUUACAGUCAAAAGCUGCAGCCAGUGCUCACAAUAUAUAUACGUACUUGAACAGUCACCUGGAUCUGAUUAAGAAAUCUUUGCCUGUGGGUUUCCUCACUGUUGAUUUACAUGUUUGGCCAGAUUUCCAUGGUAACAGAUCUCCCUUCACAGAUCUGACACUAAAGGGCAUGGUUGUCGGACUAACGUUGUCUCAGGGUCUGGAUGAACUUGCCCUUAUCUACUUGGCCACGAUUCAAGCCAUUGCUUUAGGAACAAGACAUAUUUUGGAAACUAUGGAGGCUGCAGGGCAUUGUAUCAACACUCUCUUUCUGUGUGGUGGGCUGAGCAAGAACCCUCUCUUUGUGCAGAUGCAUGCUGAUAUUACUGGCAAGCCUGUUGUCCUAUCCAAAGAAGUGGAGUCUGUUUUGGUGGGUGCUGCUAUUCUUGGAGCUUGUGCUUCUGGGGAUGUUGCAUCUAUACAGAAAUCUUUAGAGAAAUAUAGAUGA